AUGGAUCUCCGACGCAUAGCCCAGACGAACGCCAUGGCGUCACCAAGAAAGGCGGCGAGCUCCUCCAGCGGCUCCACCACGCCGCGCUCGCUGCCGACGACGCCAGUCAGGCCUCGUUCGGGCUAUGCCGAGAUCAACCGCUCGCCACUGCUACUGCCAUCUCAAUCUGCCAGUAUUCCAUUCGACUGGGAUGCGGCAAAGGGGCUCAAGGAGGCACCUUACUCGCCACGCGUAUCGGCCAGAAAGGGUCGGCGAAGUGAAGUCGGUGUGGGAAUGAAUGGACCACCGGGGACACCAGGACGCAAGCGAGAGAGGGUGGUACGGAAGAAAGGCUUGAUAGAGAGGAUACAAAAUCUACCGAGCAGGAUAGCCUUCGAAAUAUCCAUCUUCCCAGCAAAUGUGCCAUUUCCAGAAGGCAAGAGUGCAGCCAACGUCGUCGGUGGCGCCCUCCACUUCUUGCACUUCUGCGUCAGACUGGUACAAGUGCGUGACGUUCCCGACACCAAUACCGGAUGGGAAGACAUGUACCGCGAGGACAAGGGCGGGUCCUGGUUCGACUGGACCACCGUUCUCACGAUGUUCCUCGUAGGCGCCGCCCUCGCGAACGCUCUCAUCCUCUUCACGCACACGAAAAUAUAUCAUCUCCACUCUCAGACGAACCCAGUCGCAUCUCCUCAUGCGCGCUUCGUAACUCGGCCAGAGUCGACGCCACCUCUCACCUCGCGCAUCCGGACACACCUGUGGCGCUCGUUCGUCUCGUUUUGGCGCUUCUUGUUGAACUUGAGCGGCUCGAACCGUGGCGCAUCGAAAGACUCGUCCCGGCGCGUGCAGGAGCUAGAAGUAUGGGACCCCAGCGAACUCGAGCUGGCCCUGUUCUGUGUAUAUUCGCCUAUGCACGCGCUCUUAUGGAUGCUAUGGAACCCUGGCAAUUGGAUAAUGAUCUCAUUCGUCAUGGGUUGUACCGCCGUCCAGUUGCGCGCCUUGGUCACAACGUAUGAGGCCAAACUCAAGGACCGUGCUAUCAUCUCUGCGGAGGUUAUGAACGAAUACGACCAACGAUUUGUGUACCCGCGGGUCAACCCCAUUCGUAAAGAUGCCAGCGUGAUGACCCACGAAAGCGAGAUGGUCGGCCACCGAUAG